GGAAUGCAGUCGGAUUUUUGGUGAAGAUGGUCUGACGCUGAAACUCUUUCUUAAAAGGACUGCUCCCUUUUCUAUUCUGUGGACUUUGACUAACUACCUGUAUUUACUGGCUUUGAAGAAGCUGACAGCCACAGACGUCUCUGCCCUAUUCUGUUGUAACAAAGCUUUUGUCUUCUUGCUUUCUUGGAUUGUGCUGAAAGACAGGUUCAUGGGAGCAAGGAUAGUUGCAGCAAUAAUGGCAAUCACAGGAAUCGUAAUGAUGGCAUAUGCAGAUGGUUUCCAGGGUGAUUCCAUUAUCGGGGUAGCAUAUGCUGUUGGAUCAGCGUCUACAUCUGCAUUGUAUAAGGUUUUGUUCAAAAUGUUUCUUGGAAGUGCAAACUUCGGCGAAGCGGCUCAUUUUGUUUCUACCUUGGGCUUCUUCAAUUUGAUUUUCAUCUCCGUUACCCCGAUCAUACUGUAUUUUACAAAAGUGGAGUACUGGUCCCCCUUCUCUGCUGUGCCGUGGGGUUACCUGUGCGGAGUAGCCGGCCUCUGGUUAGCUUUCAAUAUUCUGGUUAACGUUGGCGUCGUGCUUACAUACCCCAUUCUGAUCUCUAUCGGCACAGUGCUCAGCGUCCCUGGAAAUGCAGCUGUGGAUCUGUUGAAGCACAAAAUGAUCUUCAGCGUAGUGAGGCUGGGAGCCACCAUCAUCAUUUGCAUUGGGUUUCUGCUGAUGCUGCUCCCUGAGGAGUGGGAUGAAAUAACCCUGAGGUUCAUCAACAGCUUGAAGGAGAAGAAAAGUGAGGAUCACGCCGAUGACAUCACAGACGCCAGCGUACACACGAGAAGCAGAAGCAGAGCUAACGGGACAGUGUCUAUACCACUAGCUUAGGGCUGGUGGACUGUAACUGCACGCAGGUGUAUAUUCUGUGAAUAUAGCUUAAAUUUCCUCACUACUUGUAUGCUUAAAAACGACAUUUACUCUGAACAGGGGAUGAACUGUAAGAUAAGAGAAAUACAUCUAUAAUAAAUGUUUACAUUUAUACGCUUAUCAAGGAACGGGUGUAAAUAACUACAAUAAAAUGUUUUGUAAUAAAAA